AUGCUUUUCACUCUUUUUGCUGGCUUGGUCGCCGCGACGCAGGCCCAGCACAUCCCCAGAGAUGACAACAGCCAAGUGCAGGGAGACGGGCUCCUCCGAUUUCCGCUCCGCGUGUCCAGCGGCGCUCCCAUCGUCAAGGGCGUCACGAGGCGACAGGAGGAGGUUGCGCUGGAAGCCCAGCUGAAUGGCAAUUUUUACAGCAUCGAUUUGACAAUUGGCACCCCGGGUCAGACUGUUACGGUUAACUUCGAUACCGGGUCUCCGGAGCUCUGGGUGAAUCCCGAUUGUAGUCAGGCUGAUAAUCCCGAGUUUUGCGAGUCGUUUGGGCAUUUUAAUGAGAGCAGUACUUUUACGGAUCUUGGGACGCAGGGGACCAUCAUUUACGGUACUGGAAUGGUCAGGUUCAACCGUAGCACUGAUUACAUUGCGGUCGGCGCUGCGAGAAUCUCGCAACAAAUCUUUGGAGUCGCAGACAGCAGUUUCGUCACCAAUGUCGGUGUUAUGGGUGCCAGUCCGUGGCUGAGCGGCUGGGAAGGCGACUAUCCUUUGGUCCUUGACAACCUAGCCACCCAAGGCUUUAUCAAUAGCCGAGCCUUCAGUCUUGAUAUCCGAAGCAUCGGUAGUGAUAGAGGCUCCGUCAUCUUUGGAGGCAUUGACACUCGCAAGUUCUCUGGCCAACUUGAGAAGCGUCCAAUCAUUCCUGGCGACGACUCUCCCGACGGAUAUACUCGAUACUGGGUCUAUCUCGACGGCCUCACCCUAGUCCAGAACGGCAAGAAGAUCCCCAUCUUCUCCAAGCCCACCCGACAGGCCGUCAUGCUUGAUAGCGGCUACACCUUGAGCACCCUCCCUGGUCCCAUCGUCCAGGCCAUUGUCGACUCUUUCCCCACAGCCAAGACCAUCCCCGAGUCUCCUCUGUAUUCGGUGGACUGCUCGGUGAUGGACAUGGCCGGCACCGUUGAUUUUCUCUUCGGAGAAACCAUCAUCAAAGUUCCGUACGCAGACUUUAUCUGGAAGCGCCCGGAUGGUGCUUGCAGAUUGGGAGUCUUUCAAGAUGACAACUUCCCUGUCCUAGGGGACACCUUCCUGCGUGCCGCUUACGUCGUUUACGACUGGGAUCAUCGCAAUAUCUGGCUUGCCAACAACGAGGACUGCGGUUCCAAGCUCGUUGCGAUUGGAAAGGGCCCCAACGCUGUCCCUGCUCUCACCGGAGAGUGCACCCGUUCUGAUGGCAACACUACAACUGUCCCAACGACUUCGGUUCCACUCAACUCAACAGCGGUCCCCUCUUCGACACAAUACCACAACACGUCUAUGGCUCUCGCUACUUCUGGUUCAUACCCGACGGUCACUUAUCCCUCGAGACAUGCGGAUGUGACCUCUACAGUCACAUAUAGCGAGGUGCACACGAUUACUUCUUGUCCCCCUACUGUGACCAACUGCCCAGUUGGUUCAGUCACCACAGAGCUCGUCACAUCU